AUGAUCGCAGCCGGGACUCGCUUGUCCCUUCUCGGAGGGCGCGUGAGUCACAAGUGGGCCCGGCUGACGGCACGACCAGCUGUUGGCUUCGGACUUGAAUACCUGGAACGGCCGGGACCAGGAGGUCGGUGGUCUCAUACCCUGGCAACCCCGAUUCUCUCGACGGUGGCCCGAGCUAUCUGUCGCGCGAAGGAUGCCGGCUCGAGCAAGCAGCAGACUGCGAAGCGGAAAUCAUGGCAGUACAUUCCCGCAGAGUGUAAGACGCAAGGGGCUUUUAGCGUUGGACGCUGGAUGGGCUGUGGUAGCGAGGUGACAUUCCACGUGUCGCAGAAGCUCAACUCGUGGCAAACCGGUGAUCAGACAUCAUCUCAGUGGUCUAAGAACAGAGCCUAAC